AUGACUCUUUACUCGGACCCAACCUCUGCCUUUCCCUCCAUUCUUAUACCCCACAUCUCUCUCUCUCUCUCUCUCUCUCUCUCUCCCAGCCUGUCUCCUUAUUUGCCUUCUAAUCAUUUUCUAAUUCUUUUGCAAAUCUUUUUAGAUUUAUUCAAUGUAUUUAUUCUAAUACUUUUAUUUUUCCUCUUUGUGCCUUCCAUUAUAAUAAUCGUAUUUCUUUCUUUCUACCUUUCUUUAUUUCUUUCUUUCUUUCCGGCAAGCUUUCCUUCUUUCUUUCUUUCCGGCAAGCUUUUCUUUCUCUCUUUUUUUUCUUUCUUUCUUUCUACCUUUAUUUAUUUCUUUCUUUCCGGCAAGCUUUCCUUUCUUUCUUUCUAUCUUUCUUUCUUUCUUUCUUUCUUUCUUUCUUUCUUUCUUUCUUUCUUUCUUUCUUUCUUUCUAUCUUUCUUUCUUUCUUUCUUUCUUUUAUCAGCCAGUUUUUCUUUUGACUUUUUUCUUCAUCUUUCUUUGUCUUGUCUUGUUUUUUCAUCACAUCAUACUUUCUUGUAUGUCAUUUAUCUUCAGUUUUCUUCUCUCUUCACUUCCCCUUCGAACGUUCUUCCUUUCUUUCUUCCUUUUUUUCUCAACCAUUCUUUCUUUUGGCCUUUUUUUCAUUCUUAUUUUUCUCGUAUUUUUCCAAUAAAUCAUCCUUUCUUGUACUUCUUCUCCAGUUCUCAUCUCUCUUCAUCUUCAUCUUCUUUCUUUCUUUCUUUCUUUCUUUCUUUCUUUCUUUCUUUCUUUCUUUCUUUUUAUUAUUAUUUUUUAAACAAAACACAAUACUUUUUGUUUCUUUUAUCUUCCUAA